AUGCAAUUAAAAGUUUUGCAUCAACUUCCGCGCCUAAACCUGAAAAUCCUUUACAAGAAGCAAGUUUAUUGGAAAAUGUUGAUGAAAAUCCUGAAACAGAUACGCCUGCUCCCUCUCAAGUUCAAGUUAAAAAUCAAAUUAAUGAAAAAACAGAAAGUUUGCCUACAUCUGAUCGUUCUAUAACUGAUGAUCCUCCUAUCCCAAAGUCUCCAGUAACACCUGUAUCAGAAAGUUUUGCAUCACCUUCUCCAUCUGAAACUAAACCUGA